CAUUAAUGAUAACGUGCCGAUGUGUCGUGCUUAUGUGUAGCUUGUAGGUAGUUGACUUAGAUCUGCGGAUUGGGUAAAAGUGAUUCGUUCUUCAAGAAAAAGACAAAAUGUCUUUGAACGUGCAGCUGUGAACAUAUUUUUACCCUAACCUAGUUUGUAGUGUUCUCAGAAGAUUUGCACCACUGACAUCACAGUUAUGAUCACUAAACACCAGAAAAGUACAGCCGUCCACUGGUUGUCAACAAUUGGUCUAUGUUAUAUUGUCGCUAUGUUUUUUACAAUGUUGGACGAUGUGAAUGGCCAAGCACAACCAAUACCUGCUCAAGAACAGCAGCCUCCACCGGUUCAGCCCACGGCGCCGUGGUACGAAACCUUACCAGCCGUUGCGAUGGAUUACAAAGUAAUCAUCGACCCAGGCAAAGAAGAUUGUUAUUUUCAAUUUGUCAACCCUGGAGCAACUUUUUAUGCAAGCGCUCAAGUACUAAGAGGAGGUGAUGGGAUGGCUGGUUUUGCUGUCAGACAUCCCAAUGGCCAGAUUGUCCACCCGUAUCAGUGGAAAGCCAGUUCUGAUUAUCAAGACCAAGAGUCCACAGGUGGUUACUACAGUGUUUGUAUAGAUAAUCAGUUUUCAAAGUUUGCUGCCAAAUUAGUAAAUUUGUAUAUCACUGUCAUAAGGUAUGAUAAAUGGGAUGAAUAUCAUAAAGAAAUAGAAGAUAUGAAUGUCGGCGUAGAAAAUUUUACAUCCACUGUGAAAUCAGUUGAAAAUAAUAUAAAUCACAUGUUACAACAUCAACACCAUGUCCGCAGUCAAGAAAAUCGUGAUUAUAAUUUAUUGGUUGAUAACAAAACAUAUGUGAACAGGUGGUCUAUUAUGCAAAUUUUGUUAAUAAUGGGAACAACUACCUUACAAGUUUAUUUUGUUCGUAAAUUGUUUGAAACUAAGGCUGGAAAGUCAAAAACGAGGGCUUAAAAAGAAUAUCAUAUUUGUGUAUGUAAAAUAUUAUGUUGUUUUAUUAUUGUCAUUCCUUUUUUUUUUUUAAGAAUAAUGUAUCUUUUUAUAAAUUAAUAACAUCAAGUAUAAUAUUAUUAAUAUGUAUAUUUAAUCUGUGAUUAAUAAAAAUGGUAAAAUAGAAAUUUAAUUUUAUUAAAUA